AUGGCUCUUGCUCUCCUCUUGGCAGCAAUCCUGGGACUUCUUAUUGUCAAGGCGGUUUUGUUUCAGCUGAGAAACCCGAGCUCCCCUCCUUGCAUCAGGAGCUGGAUCCCUUGGUUUGGAGCUGCGUUUCAGUUCGGGAAAGCUCCUCUGGAGUUUAUAGAGCAAGCUAGAAGCAAGCAUGGGCCUGUAUUCACAAUAUUCGCUCUGGGAAAACGGUUUACUUUUGUGACUGAGGAAGAAGGAACCGAAGCAUUUUUUAAAUCUAAAGACUUAAAUUUUGAACGGGCGGUACAACAAGCUGUCGAGAAUGCAGUUUCUGUCCCUGCAGAAGCAUUUUAUCAGAACCAUGGUAACCUCUACAGCAUGAUGAAGGGAAAAAUGGGUCCUUCAAAUCUGCACAUGUUCACGGGCACUUUGUGUAAGGAACUACAUGAGCACAUGGCACACCUGGGCACGGAGGGCACAGGCAACCUCAAUGACCUGGUAAGGCAUGUCAUGUAUCCAGCAGUGGUGAACACUUUGUUUGGGAAAGGCAUCUGCCCGACAAGCCAGAGUGAAAUCAAGGAGUUUGAAGAACAUUUUCAGAAGUACGAUGAGGACUUCGAAUACGCUUCUCAGAUGCCUGAGUGCUUCCUGAGGAACUGGUCAAAAUCCAAAAAAUGGCUUCUAAAAUUAUUCGAGAAAGUAGUGUCAGAUGCUGAAAGGACCAACCCUUCAGAGACCACAUCCAAGACACUGCUGCAACAUCUCCUGGAUAACUUGCAAGGAAAACAUCUAGCUCCCAAUUAUGGUCUCCUGAUGCUCUGGGCUUCCCAAGCAAAUGCUGUCCCUAUUGCAUUCUGGACCCUUGUUUUCAUACUCUCUUAUCCUUCCAUUUACAAGAAAAUCAUGGAAGACCUAACUUCUGUUUUUGGCAAAGCAGGUAAAGAUAAAAUAGAAGUCUCUGAAGAGGACCUUAAGAAGCUCCCUUUUAUUAAAUGGUGCACUUUGGAAGCCAUACGGCUGAGGUCUCCAGGUGCAAUCACCAAGAAAGUAGUAAACCCAAUAAGAAUUCAGAAUUUCACCGUCCCUGCAGGUGACCUGCUGAUGUUGUCACCGUAUUGGUUGCACAGGAAUCCAAAAUAUUUUCCUGACCCAGAAAUGUUCAAACCUGAUCGUUGGAAAGAGGCAAAUUUAGAGAAGAAUGCUUUCUUGGACAGCUUUGUGGCAUUCGGAGGAGGGAAGCAUCAGUGUCCAGGAAGGUGGUUUGCUAUCAUGGAAAUCCAGUUGUUCGUUGUGCUGUUCCUGUACAAAUAUGAAUUUGUGCUUUUGGAUGCAGUACCAAAGGAGAGCCCUUUACAUUUGGUGGGGACACAGCAACCCAUGGCACCAUUCCGGGUCCAGUACAAAUGCCGGGAAUGA